GUGAUUUUUCGUGUCUUCGACAUCCUGUGGUGUGUGGCCUUCAUUCUGGAGCUUGUACUCCGCAUCUUUGCCGACGGAAGGAUGUUCUUCAGCCUGGACAACCCUGAGUGUGGGUGGAACUGGACAGACACCUUUUUCGUUGCCGUAUCAACUGCAGAUGAGGCGAUUGUGCUGCUAGGCUUUACCAUGGAACUGUCGCAGUUCCGGCUUCUUCGGAUGAUACGCUUGGUGCGUGUGCUGAGAUUACUGCGAGUGGUUCGUUUCUGCAGCGACCUGCGAAUCAUGGUGAACGGGAUUGCCGGGUCUGUGCGAGUGCUGUUCUGGGCUCUGAUGCUGCUGGCCAUUGUUAUGUUUAUUUUCGGCGUCACCCUGAUGCAGCUGGCCUACGCUCAUCUCAAGAGCGAAGAUGGUAGCGGCGCAGUUGAUGUGGCCAAGUACUACGGUUCUUUGGGCA